AUGGAAAUUUCAACUCGAGUGGAUGCCACAAAAGAAGAUUUUGUUUAUAUUAGUGCCUUAAAUGCUUUUGGAAUUUCCUCGUUAAACUCUUCGAAGAACUCGGAAGAUAACUGGACGUGUAUUUGCGUGUGUUUAAGCAAUGGCAAUUUGCUAUUUUAUUCACAAGAGGGAAAGCUGUUGUUUACUGAAAAGUGUGCGUCUACUUCCAUUGUGUCGGUCAAAUUAUGCCCGUCUUUUUGUCCUGGAAAUCAAGAGCUCGUUUUAUUAACCGCUGAUUCAAGACUAAUAGCAAUAGAAGGUUUAUCUUUAUGUGUAGCCCUUAGAGCAGCUUGUGUAUAUAUUUCUACUGGUGAAAGAACAGCAAAAGAAUUAUCUUCAGUUUUACAAUUAAAUGCUCAACAAUUUAAUUUGUACAAUAUUAACGGGGUAAACGAUGUUUUGUCUACGGGAAUAACUCAAGUUUGUGCUUUUGAUCAAUACAUUGGUGCUUUUAUGGCUGGUGGACGUUCGGAGCCAGUAACACGUGAACAAUCCCCUUCAUAUCUUCAAUAUAUUUGCACUGUUGGCUCAAGAGGAAAAGGAGAAGAAGGAGCGUCGAGUUAUGAUUCUUCAAGUAAAAGACAAAGAGAAUUUGUAAAUUUUGUUUGGAGAAGUACACAACCUUUGCCUGGAACUUUAACUGAUGCUUUGUUUUCAUUGACUUCAAAGAUUUCUAACAACAUUCCAUCAUUUGGUUUUCGUUCAUUUUUGGGUGUAGGCACAUCACGUAUUGACCAACCACGACAAAAACAGCAACUUUCUGAUUCACCUACAACCCAAAUUUAUUCAAAAAGUUUUUUAAAAGAUGGAAAAAGAAAAUCUGAACGAACUUUUGUUGCUCCAAAUGGGUGGAAUUUAAUGGUUAUAGUUGAUAAUAUUGGAAGGAUUUUGCUUGUAAAUACAAGAAUGAGAAGAAUUUUGAGGAUUUGGAAAGGUUAUCGCCAAGCUCGUUGUGGUUGGAUAGAAAAACAACAAAGAAGUUUAGCUCCUUCUCGAACAUCUAGCUCAUCCAAAGCCCUUUUUCUCAUCAUUUAUGUUCCUCGUAGAGGUUUACUUGAAGUUUGGUCAAUGCAAAAUGGUCCAAGAAUAUCUGCUUUUGAGGUGGAUGAUGGAAGAUUAAUUUCAAUUAAUUGUGGAAUUUUGUGUGGAAAUGAUGAAAUUUUGCAGGGGAAUAAGGCUAAUUCUUCAAAGUCAUCAAAUGUGAUUUUUCUUUCUUCAGAAGGUUUAUUUUAUGUAAGUUUUUCUUGGUUUUUGAAAUUAGGGCAAUGGUCUUUUGUCUUUUUCUAUAAAUAG